AAGCAGCAGUAUCAGAAAGAGAAAAAAAAUCAACAGCUUUUCUGUACCAGGUUGCCAAUGAGGAAGAAAAGUCUCAUCUACUAGACCGCACCCACCGACAGCCCUGCCCCUUCAAACUCUGCAGGAGAUUUGCAUUUGCAGACACUCCUCCUAGCCCAGCUGCACAGAAACUGCAAAAGCCUUGAGAUUUUCUUCGCCUGUCCUUCCUGCCGCUUGCAAUUGACAAAACCCAAAAGACAGGAAAAUAACUGAUCAAUGCUUGCAGAGCGAGGAAGAGCGGCGUUUCCCAGCUAUCGGUGACGGGCACAUCCGGACAACAUCAGCUGGUUUGAUGACAAUUGUCUUCACGAAAAAUUAACCCGGAAAAAAGUGUGAUGAUCAGUGAGAACAGAAAUGCCUUAUGUGGAUCGAUACAGCCGUGUCUGCGGGUUCUUGGACAUUGAGGAGGUUGAAGGCAGUGGAAAAUUUCUCCGGCGAUAUUUUAUCUUGGACACUUCAGACAAUGCGCUCUUAUGGUACAUGGAUAACCCCCAGAAUCUGCCCCCUGGAGCUAAGUAUGUCGGCAGUCUGCAGUUACCCUACAUCUCCAAGGUCAGUGAAGCUACAGCAAAGCAGAAACCAAAAGUUGAAUUUUGCUUUGUUAUAAACUCAGCCAAGCGUCCCUACUUCCUUCAGGCCAAUGACAGGAAGGAUCUGCUCGACUGGGUGGAAGCCUUGAAUAAGUCCUGCAAGAUUACGGUGCCAAAGGGCAAAAUCAAUGACCCUCAGCCGAGCGCCGAAAUUAAUAAACCUCCAGCGGAAGCCCAGACUGGGCGGAAACAGAUCCCCUACAAGACUGAAAUCAUUGGUGGGGUUGUAGUGCAAACACCCAUCACCCAGGUGAAUGGCGGAGAAGGCCAGGAGGCAGCGGAGUCCACCACACACAGCGUCCUGAAACGUUCCACAAGCUACGCUCCGAGCGGGAGCAAGCAGACGUCGGGGCCACAGGUGUUGAAGAGUGGCUUCUGUGUGAAGCAGGGCAUCGUGAGGAAAAGUUGGAAGAGGCGGUACUUCACACUGGAUGAAAAUUCUUUCAGUUACUUCAAAUGUGAAAUGGAAAAAGAACCACUUCGGGCGAUCCCACUGAAGGAUAUUCAGAAAGCUCAGAACUGUAGCUGCAGCCAAGCACUGAUGAGGGAUAAUUUAUUUGAAUUAGUUACAACGAGUAGAACUUUCUACAUUCAGGCAGACAGUCCUGCAGAGAUGGAAAGCUGGAUCAAAGCCAUCAACACGGCAAUUAAGCUGCAUAAAGGUUCAAGCAAUGCCACGGCAAUUCCAGUUCAAGCCGACUCCUCCGGCGCUGUGACUCACGGCGAGGAGAAGCGACCUCUCACCAAGUCCACCUCCAUGGUGUCGUCGUGGCAGCCGUGGACUCCUGUGCCUGCUGCUACCAAGCCACCCGACUCGUCGACAGAGGAGGAGAGCAGGCAUCACAGCGAGCUGCAGACGCCCUCCACAGUGCCCGGCUCGCAGCUGGCUGGGGUGAAUGGUCAGGAUAACCGGCGCAGACACCGGUCCCAGCCAGCUCCCCAAAAGGAGCGCCACUUCGAUUACAACAUCGACGAUGAUGGGAUUCGAACAACAGAUGUUUAACAGAUGUCCUUCCUGUCGCUUGUUUUUUCCUAGGAUUAGUAACUCUGGCAGAAGUGCUGCUUGUACAUUGCUUAGCUUGACGUCCAUGUGUCCAGUGAUCAUUGCUAGGAUCAGGCCAAUGCAUUGGAAGGGAAGCCAUGUAAGGAGCUUCACUUGGAACUUUGCAUUCCUAUGGCGGCUUGAGUUAUUGCACUUUGUUUACUACCUGAAACUUCAGAGGAAAAAUGUGCCCAGCAGUACCUCACAGUCAAUGAGUGCCUGUGAUACAUUGUUGAAAGGAAUGAAUUAAAGCUGGAACCAUUUUAAAA